AUGGCGUCCAUCGACGAGAAAAGACCUCUAGCCAACCAAUUCCUUGAUGCGCUUCACGCAGACCCUCCAAAUCCAUUUUGUGAUGAAAUCGAGGCUCUCUUGACCGAGGACGAAAGUACAGAGCGGGACGCGAAGCUUGAUGCCGCGCUGAAAUCAAAAGGAUUCGAGGAUUUGACGUGGGCUCAACUCCAACGCUUGCUCAAUCCGCCCACACGCGAGGACCAGCCCGGCGAAGACCCUCCGCCUGCAGGCGAAAAAACAGUCUUUGACUUCAAGACCUGGUCUGGGAAAUACACCAUCAUCUCCACCGACUAUCCAAACUACACGAUGUGGGUUGCUCGUGACGGAAAGAUCGCCUUCGGGGAGAAGCCAACAAGCCAGCCAAUCUACACAGCCACUGCUACUGAAGGGAAGGAUGGAAAGUGGUCGGUGAAUUGGGACGCCAAAGAAUUGGGUACUUUCAAAAUUCAAUUCCAAGUGUCCAUUCUAGAGAAAGAUACGGAGUCAGUCGCGAAUUUCCUUGGUCACUGGAACAAGAAAGAUGGUGAUAAAUCCAAAGAAGUGGAGUUCAAAGGCAAGCUCGUGCCAUUCACUCCGGAGGACGAUUCAGAGGCCACUGCGUCGGAUAUCGAGCAUUGGGCCAUGGGAAUUGGAGGUUUCAUCAUUCUUCUCGCAGGUGGAAUUUUGAUAUACAAGAAGCGCAAAGCUGGCCUGUUGAAGAAAGAAUUUGAGAAGGAACACCAGGAAAAGAUCAAGAAGGAAGAAAAGCUCAACCAUGACCGCAGAGUUGAUAUGGUUUCCGCGAAGUUCUUUGAGACGAUGCCAAAGGACAUUAUUAGACAGUUUGAAAAGGACAUAUCUGUUAAGUAUCGAGACCUCCUAAACGCUCGGUACGCCAAUGAUCCCACUGGUACUCUCCGGCAAACCGAACAUGGGAAGCCACCGCCCGAGGCCGUUGAAUUCCACGAAGAGGUCAGGGAUAUGCUUCAUGAAUCGGUGGACGUACUUGUCAAUUCCAGUACCACUGAUAUCAAGAAUUACAUUGAUCAUUACAACGAAUGGGAAAAGAAGGACUCGACUUACACAGAUGCUCUGGAAAAGGCCGUGAAGGAGAACGCAUUGGAAAAAGCAACAAGAGGCAUGAAUCCAGCCAAUGGUGAAUACAAGGGCCCCGCGGCUCUAUUGCUCAAAUGGGCUGGGGAAACAGGACAGCUGCAACAUGCGGCUCUGGAGGCAGAGAGCAACUGGCAAAAGUCAAUCACGACCCUCACCGACUACGCCAAUCAACAACAUGAGUUCAAGAAACUCGUCGAUCUCCACCAAAGUCUUUAUGAGAAGGUGAGGAAUAACGAUGCAUUGCAUUUGAGACAGCAGGCGCUUGAUUUGUAUAAGGUGGAACACAACAGGGUGAAAGGUCUGAUGGGUGAUGCGGGCAUGGCGGACGUCAUAAAGCACAUGUUGUCCGAGAUAAACACGUAUGACACACGGGUGGACGCGAGACAUGAGUACGAGCAGAAGGAAAAAGAAGUGCCUGAUCACCACGUGACGGAGAAGGGUAUGAGAGAUUUGAUGAGGUUGAGGCAUCGUUAA